GUUCCACAGACACGUACGGAGCCCCGUCCGAGCAAUUAGCGUUGGCUUAUGAUCUCACGAACGGCUUCCCUUGGUUGAGGCGGGUGGAGUGGCAGAGAUUUCGAGACUGAUAUUCGAGUCGAGACCCACAUCCUCACAUAAUGUCCAUGUCGACUGUCUUCCCUGGACUUGUGCAGAGGACUGUGACAAUUGUCACUGUUUCAACUCUCAUCCUUGACUGAUCUCCCCGGCGGGCACCAGAACAUGACCAUGUUGACACGAUAUCUUCCAAAGCGCGACCUGGCUAAGCGUGCUAUCAUCACUUUCUUCGCUGUGUUGAUGUUGAUUUUACUACAACUACACCCUGUAUCAUGUGUAGGACCACGAGGCAAGCGGUUGAACGAAAGCACGGAUGACCAGCUGAAAUCAUCAUUCCAUGAUUUUGCUUCAUAUCCUGAGCCCAUCACGGGCUCGUUCGAGGCGCUGGUUUUGAACCGAUCCUGGACAACAGCCGAGGAGAGAUAUGGUCCAUACGGGCUCGGACAAGAUAAGGAAGGCUACCGUUUCAGCCAUGUGAGCUGGAAGGAUGUCAAAUGGGGCACACUACAAGACCAAUGUGCUCAGGAGAAUUCGCAUCGACUUCCGAAUCAAGCUAAACUCUCCGAAAUGCGCCGAUUUGUGUACCGGGAACCAUCAAAACCGGAAGUGCUUACGGAGCCGAAGAAGAACAAAUCAACAAAGGAUGGAGAAAACAAGGCCAAAGUGGACGGUGUUCGACCUUCUGACAAGGAGUAUGGGAAACAAGCCAUUGUUCUCAGAGCAUGGUCUACUUAUCCAUACACUGAAGACGACAUGCAAAACCUUCGGAGCAUCGUGACGGAGGCCGCUCUUGCUACUAGCGGCAAAUACAAUGUCUUUCUUCUCGUCGAUGUCAAGGAUCUGGACGCUCAUAUCCAUUAUGAUGAUUCUAAUUAUACAUCUAUACUCGAGCAGGUGGUCCCUGCAGAGUUCCGAGACAUGGCUGUUCUAUUCGAUACGACCUUGCUCGAAAGCUGGUAUCCAGAUGUCAUAGACCAUACACCAUUCUGGCAGAUGAUGCAGCCCUUUCAACUUUUCGCCCAGCUUUAUCCCGAAUAUGAUCAUUACUGGCAGCUUGAGAUGGAUGUUCGUGUCACUCAGCACGUUGGUGAGAUCUUGGACUCAUUCGACAAGUUCGGCGAGAGCCAACCGAGGAAGCAAUCACACGAACGCGCGAGCUGGGCAUAUAUGCCUCAAUUCCAUGGCACCUACUCCGAAUUUACACAGAAGGUCAAUGCGGCGAUGCCUGAUGGCACGGGUACUUGGGGCCCGAUUCAGAUCGGCGAAGAAAUCUUGCCUAUCGGUCCACAGCCCCCAUCACCUCAGCCCAACAACACGGAGGUCAACUGGCAGUGGGGUGCAGGAGAGCCUGCCGACCUUUUACUCUUCAACACGUUGAUGGACGUACGACGACUCGAGGAUUGGCCGUUUAGAUACUGGCAUUAUGGUUUCACAAAAAAUGAGGAUCUUCCUUACUGGCAUUCACCGCCAGCGCAGGGCCGCGCAAGUUGGAAUCUACUCAAUGCGAUUCACCACGCGCAAUCUCAGCAAGACUUACGCAUAGCAUCGGAGACAACGCUGCCAUCUUUCGCACUUUGGCAUGGUCUCAAGCUGGUCGGACUACCGUUACCUAUCUUCCAGGACCCGGAACGAGACAGAGAGGAAUUGAAUUUUGUGCUCAAUGGUGGCGACAUCGACCAAUUCUCGGAUGGCUUUGCAAAUGGACCAGUGAAUACUAGAGGAGCGUCAUUAGGGUUUUUCGUCCGAGGAAGGAGCUUCGACUGGGUCAGUCCCAUGCCUGACCGUAUGAUGGCUUACUGGAAAGGAGAAAAACAGCCAGAUUCGGAUAUGCCACAUGUUCUGCUGAAGAAGGAUGGCAAAAUCUAUGCUCCGGCCAUGUUCAUUCAUCCGAGAAAGACAAACGCAUACAGGUCCGAUUGA